GAUGCCUCCCCUCCGCGCCCCCAGGAGGAGGAGACGCUGUCCUUCAUCCGAGACAGCCUGGAGAAGAGCGACCAGCUCACCAGGAACAUGGUGUCCAUCCUGUCGUCCUUUGAGAGCCGCCUGAUGAAGCUGGAGAACUCCAUCAUCCCCGUGCACAAGCAGACGGAGAACCUGCAGCGGCUGCAGGAGAACGUGGAGAAGACUCUGUCCUGCCUGGACCACGUCAUCAGCUACUACCAUGUGGCCAGUGACACUGAGAAGGUCAUCAGGGAGGGCCCCACAGGAAGGCUGGACGAGUACCUGGGGAGCAUGGCCAAGAUUCAGAAGGCUGUGGAGUAUUUCCAGGACAACAGCCCAGACAGCCCAGAGCUCAACAAAGUGAAGCUGCUGUUCGAGCGGGGGAAGGAGUCCCUGGAGUCAGAGUUCCGCAGCCUGAUGACUCGGCACAGUAAGGUGGUCUCCCCGGUGCUCAUCCUGGAUCUGAUCGGUGGGGAGGAGGAGCUGGAGAUCCAGGAGGAGGUGCCCCUGGAGCACCUGCCAGAGGGCGUGCUCCUGGACGUGAUCCGCAUCUCCCGCUGGCUGGUGGAGUUCGGCCACAACCAAGAUUUCAUGAACGUCUACUACCAGAUCCGCUCCAGCCAGCUGGACCGCUCCAUCAAGGGCCUGAGGGAGCACUUCCGGAAGAACAGUUCCGCCUCUGGGGUCCCCUACUCCCCUGCCAUCCCCAACAAGAGGAAAGAGACGCCCACCAAGAAGCCCAUCAAGCGGCCCGGGACGAUCCGUAAGGCUCAGAACCUUCUGAAACAGUAUUCCCAGCAUGGUCUAGAUGGGAAAAAGGGGGGCUCUAACCUCAUUCCUCUGGAAGGUCACCAGCAUGAUUCCCGAGUUAAGCACCUGUCCGAGGCCCUGAACGACAAGCACGGGCCACUGGCCGGGAGAGACGACAUGCUGGACGUGGAGACCGACGCCUACAUUCACUGCGUCAGCGCCUUCGUCAAGCUGGCGCAGAGCGAGUACCAGCUGCUGGUGGAGGUCAUCCCCGAGCACCAUCAGAAGAAGACCUUCGACUCCCUGAUCCAGGACGCACUGGAGGGGCUGAUGCUCGAGGGGGAGAACAUCGUGUCCGCUGCCCGGAAGGCCAUCGUCAGACACGACUUCUCGGCAGUGCUCGCCAUCUUCCCCAUCCUGCGGCACCUCAAGCAGACCAAGCCCGAGUUCGACCAGGUGCUCCAGGGGACAGCCGCCAGCACCAAGAACAAGCUGCCCGGCCUCAUCACCUCCAUGGAGACCGUUGGUGCCAAAGCGCUGGAGGACUUCGCUGACAACAUCAAGAAUGACCCGGACAAGGAGUACAACAUGCCCAAGGACGGCACCGUGCACGAGCUCACCAGCAACGCCAUCCUUUUCCUGCAGCAGCUGCUGGACUUCCAGGAGACGGCAGGUGCCAUGCUGGCCUCCCAAGUUCUUGGGGACACAUACAAUAUUCCUUUAGACCCCCGAGGUAAGCGGCGGGGCUCUGCAGCCCCAUCCUCCCUCUGGAAGCCCCGGGACCCAGCCCAGCUCCUGCCUGCCCACCCGCGCCCACCUUGGCCCUCGCUCUGUGUAGGACUUGGUUUGUGGGCCUGGGAUUGGGUCGUUUUGGUCACACUGCCAUGUGGGCGUGGCCACAUCGGUCCCUGUGCAGGUAAAGUCCUGGGGAACCUGCAGCUGAACUUACUGAGCAAGUCCAAGGUGUAUGAGGACCCAGCUCUGAGCGCCAUCUUCCUGCACAACAACUACAACUACAUCCUCAAGGCCCUGGAGAAGUCGGAGCUGAUCCAGCUGGUGGCUGUGACCCAGAAGACUGCCGAGCGCUCCUACCGGGAGCACAUCGAGCAGCAGAUCCAGACCUACCAGCGCAGCUGGUUAAAGGUGACCGACUACAUCACUGAGAAGAAUCUGCCCGUGUUCCAGCCGGGAGUCAAGCUCCGGGACAAGGAGCGGCAGGUGAUCAAGGAGCGGUUUAAGGGCUUCAAUGACGGCCUGGAAGAAUUGUGCAAGAUCCAGAAGGCCUGGGCCAUCCCCGACACGGAGCAGCGGGACAAGAUCCGCCAGGCUCAGAAGCACAUCGUCAAGGAGACC